CAUGGCAGGGUCCUUCAGAACCGCCGUCCCCACGUGAGUUUAUCAGCAUGAUUGCAGCAUGUAAACUAAACUAACUGCUUCCAGAGUUUUGUCCUGUUUUCAUCUACAUUUAUUAGUUUAAUCAGGAUUAAACACCAGUGGGUUUACUAACUACGUCAGCCUUACUCCUUUUCGCCCUCAGGGACCAACCACCAUGGCAACAUUUCGGAAAAAGAUAGAUAACAGGAUCCGUGUCCAGAUAGAUAAUGGCGUUUCCGAGCAACACCGCACCAUGUUCGUGGUGGUCGGGGACCAUGGCAGAGACCAGGUUGUCAUCCUGCACCACAUGCUGUCCAAAGCCGCAGUCAGAGCCAGACCAUCUGUCCUCUGGUGCUAUAAGAAAGAGCUGGGCUUCAGCAGCAACCGAAAGAAGCGCAUGCGUCAGCUCCAGAAGAAGAUCAAGACCGGCACUCUGAACAUUAAGCAAGACGACCCCUUUGAGCUGUUUGUCGCUGCCACUAACAUCCGCUACUGCUACUACAACGAGACACACAAGAUUCUUGGAAACACUUACGGCAUGUGCGUCCUGCAGGACUUUGAGGCUCUCACUCCCAACCUCCUGGCUCGAACUGUGGAGACUGUGGAAGGAGGAGGGAUCGUGGUAAUUCUUCUCAGGACGGUCAACUCACUCAAGCAGCUGUACACAAUGACUAUGGAUGUUCAUUCUCGCUACAGGACCGAGGCCCAUCAGGAUGUGGUGGGAAGGUUCAAUGAGAGGUUCAUCCUAUCUCUGUCGUCCUGUAAGACGUGCGUUGUCAUUGACGACCAGCUCAACGUCCUGCCCAUCUCCAGCCACAUUGCCAACAUCAAGCCUGUUCCUCCCAAGACUCAGGAGGACAGUCUUUCGCCACGGGAACAGGAGCUGAAUGAGUUAAAGGAGUCUCUACAGGACACGCAGCCUGUUGGUGUGUUGGUGGACAGCUGCAAGACCAUGGACCAGGCCAAGGCGGUGCUGAAGUUCAUCGAGGCCAUCUCGGAGAAGACCCUGCGGAGCACUGUGGCUCUGACUGCAGCUAGAGGCAGGGGCAAGUCUGCAGCACUGGGACUGGCUGUGGCUGGGGCUGUGGCAUUUGGCUACUCCAACAUCUUCAUCACCUCCCCCAGCCCAGACAACCUGCACACUCUGUUUGAAUUCAUCUUCAAAGGCUUCGAUGCCCUUCAAUACCAGGAGCACCUGGACUAUGAGAUCAUCCAGUCUCUGAACCCUGAGUUCAGCAAAGCUGUGGUUAGAGUCAACAUCUUUAAGGAGCAUAGACAGACUAUUCAGUACAUCCACCCGGCUGAUUCAGUGAAGCUGGGUCAGGCUGAGCUGCUGGUGAUAGAUGAAGCUGCAGCCAUUCCCCUUCCUCUGGUCAAGAAGCUGCUCGGACCAUACCUGGUCUUCAUGGCCUCCACCAUCAACGGGUAUGAGGGCACAGGUCGUUCUCUCUCCCUGAAGUUGAUCCAACAGUUGAGGCAGCAGAGUUCAGAGAGCCAGCAGAGUCUGUCAGCAGAGAACAGGAGCACCAAUACAGCCAGGCUAAAUGCAGCUCGCUCCCUCCAAGAGGUGUCCCUCCAUGAGUCCAUCCGUUAUGCCAUGGGAGACCCUGUAGAGAAGUGGCUCAACGAGCUGCUGUGUCUGGACUGUCUAAACAUCCCCAGAGUCAUCUCUGGCUGCCCCCUGCCACAGACCUGCGACCUAUACUAUGUGAACAGAGACACACUGUUCUGCUACCACAAGGCAUCUGAAGCCUUCCUACAGAGACUCAUGGCUCUCUAUGUGGCUUCGCACUACAAGAACUCUCCCAACGACCUGCAGAUGUUGUCAGAUGCCCCGGCACAUCACCUCUUCUGCCUACUGCCUCCUGUUCCUCCCACACAGAACUCACUGCCAGAGGUCCUGGCUGUCAUACAGGUGUGUCUGGAAGGAGAGAUCUCUCGUCAGUCCAUCCUCAACAGUCUGUCCAGAGGAAAGAAGGCUUCCGGUGACCUCAUCCCCUGGACCGUGUCAGAGCAGUUCCAAGACCCCGAGUUUGGCAGUCUGUCUGGAGGCAGGGUGGUGCGCAUCGCUGUCAACCCUGACUAUCAGGGGAUGGGUUAUGGCUCCAGAGCACUGCAACAGUUACAGCUGUACUACGAGGGUCAGUUCCCCUACAUGGAUGAGAACGCACAGACCGCUAACAGCCAGAUCACCUCUGUCACCAGCGAGGCGGUGAGCCUCCUAGAAGAAGUGUUGCACCCUAGGAAGGACCUCCCUCCUCUGCUUCUGAAGCUGAGUGAGAGGAGGGCUGAGAGACUAGAAUACCUGGGAGUAUCCUAUGGCCUCACACCUCCACUGCUCAAGUUUUGGAAGAAAGCUGGUUUUGUCCCUGUCUAUUUGCGGCAAACCCCUAACGACCUGACGGGGGAGCACUCGUUGGUGAUGUUGAAGGAGCUCAACACAACGGAGGCUCCUGAACAGGGCCAGUGGCUGUCUGCCUUCUGGAAAGAUUUCCGUCGGCGCUUCCUGUCUCUGCUCUCCUACCAGUUCAGCAGCUUCUCUCCCAGUAUGGCCCUCAACAUCCUGCAGAACAAGAGCACCACCAAGACGGAUGCCAGCUCCGCCCUGAGCAGUUCUGAGCUGUCUGGUCAGUUCAGCCCCUAUGAUCUGAAGCGUCUGGAGAUGUACUCUAGGAACAUGGUGGACUACCACCUCAUCAUGGACCUCAUCCCUGCCGUGGCACGCAUGUACUUCCUCAAACAGCUGGGAGACGUGACCCUGUCCGCCGCACAGUGUGCUCUGUUGCUAGGUGUGGGGCUGCAGCAUAAAUCAGUGGACCAGCUGGAGAAGGAGAUUGACCUUCCCAGCUCUCAGCUCAUGGGACUGUUCAACCGCCUCAUCAGGAAAGUCGUGCAGUUCUUCAACAGAAUCCAGGAGAAGGCCAUUGAGGCAGAGAUGGUUGUAUCUAAAGACAUCUCCAUGGAGCCCACGGUCAAAACCCUCAAUGAUGAUCUAGAUGAGGCAGCCAAAGAGUUCCAGGAGAAACACAAACAGGACAUGGAGAAGGUCAAGGAGAUGGACCUGCAACAGUACCUGAUCCGAGGAGACGACGAGGAAUGGGACCAGGUGUUGAAGAAAGCAGGACAGGCGGCUGUUGUCAGCAUAAAGAGUGACAAGAAGAGGAAGUAUGAGCAGCCGAGGCCAGACAAAAACGAGGGAGGAGAUUCACGACACGGCAAACUGAAGAAGAAGAUGAAGAAGGGAGGAGGCAAGGAGAAGAACAAGUUUGAAAAGAGGCCGUUAUAGUGUAAAUUAUAGUUGUUUUUAUAUUCGCUUAAAGAUUUUAUUAGAAAUGUAGUUUUUUUUUCUUUCAGAUCCACUUUACUAAGUUUCAUAACAUUUAAUUUAGUUUUUAUAUAAUUUAGUUCGUCUUAUGGACAGAAAUAAUCCUUUGCAUGGAAGGCUGGGAGACAAUUUAGUCAGUCUAAAUAUGACCUGCCAGAUCCAGACACUUUAGAAAAGAACAAAACAUUAAAACCCCAUUAGAUAUUUUCCCCAAAAACAAACUGAACAUAAUUCAUAAUGGUUUUUAUUUGUUUGAGUCAAAUUCGUUUUUUUCAUUUAUUUUAAUUUACUAUAACAACCUUAGUGUACAGCAGUAGGACUGUGCUUUGACCAAUGGCAGUGUCACCUUUCUCUGUACCCAAGGGUUAGAGUACCAUCCAUAGUGAAAAUGAGAAUCUAUUAGACUUUAUGUACCCACCACCUGAGGAUGGGAGACCGCAUACAGUGGUGACGGUUCCACCCAUAGAAAUAGAAUAAUUAUUUGUUAUGGUUCCACCACCUGCCUUUUCCUGUACCUACUGUAACCGGCUCAUUUAAUCCAGUACCAACAAUAUGGAGUUGCUUACAUUCAGAUGAGUUGGAGUCUGCAAGGGUCAACAUUCUUAAAGAUGAUUCAUUGAAUGAUGAGCAUACGUUUCUGACUUUUUGUAUAAUUUGACCAUUGUCACCUAGCCUCGAUCUUCAGUGAAUGGAAAACGUGCCUGCUGUCUGUUCUAGUAUUUGUUUGCGGAGAAUGAGUUUCACAUGGAAAGUAAAGUAGCCUACCUUUCUACUUACUGGGAGACACGUACAAAUAACUUAAUAAAAGCAGCAUGAUGUAUGUUUUAUUGAUGAACUACUUUA